GAAGCAUCGGAAAAGAGGCCAGAUGAGCAAGAGCAAUCUGAAAGCAAGCGCCUCAAAGUGGAUGAGAUGGAGAAGUGCACGGAGGGAGAUAUUUCAAGCCUUGUCAACCCGCACAAGUUCAAUGUCAACAACACUGCGGAACUCCUGACAGCUGGGGAUGGAAACGCCAUCUACCUCUCAAGCAAGUCGAAGAACUGUUUUGGCCAACACAGGGAGCUGUUCUCAUUCGGAUCGGGCGAAUGGCGAGGAGGUGCUGAGGCAAAAGAAACCAUGGAUGACGCACAGGGUCGCUGGUUCAAAUUUACGGUGUCUGGUGAUACCGUGAUGCUUCUGGAAAAGGCUGGGCUCCCCGAGCACCUUCACACGGCGUCUGUAGUGGACCGCCCAUCCUUCCUGCGCAAGAUGUUGGUGGAGCUUGAAGAUGCAGGGGAGGUGAACAUACAGGUCUCCCAUCACAAAAGGACCACGAUCGGCGACCAAGUGGGUUGGUUGGAGGACAAGCCAAUUUAUUUUCUUCUCGAUGAACCACCCAACGACAAGGGAAAGAAAAAGAAGAAACCGCCUGCACCUUCUCAAAAGAAUUUUGGUGCCAAGCUGAACAUCAACAAGUUCAAGAGCAAUUCAAAGCUCAUUCUUGGCUGGCGCGUUAGGCGAGGCCGCAAAACUUUGAGUUCCGUUUGCAAAUUUACAUGCUGGAGGUUUAAGAGGAUAAUAAGAGGGCAUUUGGCUUGCAACUGUUUUUUGUUGAACUCACAAAUUGGAUCAGGGUGGAAAGCGUGA